UUGGGUUUUUCCGUUUCCAGCGUUGGCACAGUUGCGAUCAGCUGUUCCGAUUGAGUAUUUAAAGGGUUCCAGUUCCAGGAUUAUUGAUAAAAGUCCUUUCUCAUACGUAAAUAAAGUGUGUUAUAAAUAACAAGUUUUAUUCGACAUUUUUAAGUUUCGCGUUAGCUUUUAAGUCGGGGAACAUGGCCUGAAAUCGUUCGGCUCCUCGGCGAAAAUGCAAUUCGAACUUUUGUUUUGGUCUGUUCUUAAAGGGAGGAUAAUCGAAAUCGGAAAUGAAAAUACUGAGGGAUGUGUAGGCUGUUUAGUUGAAAUAGUUUUGCCCCGAGUCGAGUAGCUGUUUUCUAUAUCACUCGCGAACAUGGAAUACGCGCUUGAGAGUUGUUAGGUGACAAAUACCCCAGUAAAUUGCAGAUUUAGGAGAUUUAAGAAAAAAAUCCAAAAUAAUCCCUUGCAAUGGCUCACGGUUCGACUGCUUCCCUAUCUUCUGAUAUCAGCAGAAAAAAUCCUCAGGAUGAGUACGAACUCAUCCAAAGGAUUGGCAACGGCACUUACGGCGACGUUUAUAAGGCAAGGCGAAUUUCAACUAACGAAAUGGUUGCAAUAAAAGUAAUAAAACUGGAGCCUGGUGAUGAUUUUGCAAUAAUACAACAAGAGAUUUUAAUGAUGAAGGAUUGCAAACAUCACAACAUAAUAGCUUAUUAUGGAAGUUACCUUAGGAGGGAUAAAUUAUGGAUUUGCAUGGAAUACUGUGGCGGUGGUUCUUUGCAAGAUAUUUAUCAUGCAACUGGGCCUUUAUCAGAAUUGCAAAUAGCAUAUAUGUGCAAGGAGACGCUUCACGGUCUGGCAUAUUUACACACCAUGGGAAAAAUGCAUAGAGAUAUCAAAGGAGCGAACAUUCUUUUAACAGUCAAUGGUGAUGUUAAGCUGGCAGAUUUUGGAGUUUCAGCACAAAUUACAGCAACAAUGACUAAAAGGAAAUCUUUCAUUGGUACCCCAUAUUGGAUGGCUCCUGAGGUUGCUGCUGUAGAAAGGAAAGGUGGUUACAAUCAUCUCUGCGAUAUUUGGGCAGUUGGAAUAACUGCGAUCGAAUUGGCAGAAUUGCAACCACCAAUGUUUGAUUUGCAUCCAAUGAGAGCUCUUUUCUUGAUGUCCAAAAGUGGUUUCAAACCACCUACAUUGAAAGAUAAGGACAAAUGGAGUCCCGUGUUUCACAAUUUUGUCAAAACUGCUUUGACCAAGAAUCCAAAGAAAAGGCCUACUGCCGAAAAACUACUUCUGCACCCAUUUUUAUUGGUUGAAAUGAACAAAAGGAUAGCUUUAGAACUUCUGCAGAAAUACAGUAAUCCUUCACACAAUUUUAAUGAGCUUGAAGCUGAUGAUGAUGGUACUGUGCCAAAUGUUCCACAGAGAAUUGCUUCACGUAUGACAGGAAAUGGCGACAUGAGCCCUGGACCUGGAACUACCUUUGCAGAUAUCAACAGAGCUUGGGACAUCAUGGAUAUUAACCAUGUAAUGUCAAACAGAGAGCAUGUACACCAUAACUGUGACGGAAGUGCGCAAUGGGAUAAACCGAGAAAGUUUGAGAGCUGUAUAGAGGAGGAAAAACGUCUGGUAUGUGAAGUUAGGGAUAGAGGAGUUAGAAGUCCAAGGGGAAUGCGGGAGUCACUAACUGGCACCGCCAUCUUGAAAAUGUCACUGAGGAGCCUAUUGCAGUACAUUGAUGAAGAACUCAUUCAAAGGGGAAACGAAGGGCUGACGCUCUACCAAACAUCGAGCAAUUAUUCGCAACAAGCUACUUUACCACUAGGCGAAUCCCCAACUUCUAGUCAUCAAUGUGAUGUUCACAUCAGCCAUUAUUCCAACUUGACAGGUCCAGAUGGAUCACCAAGAAGGCAUAGUUCAGUCGACGAGAUCCUUACUCUGACUGGUACACUAACACUCAAUGGUUCAAGGCAACGUUCUUUGAGUGACAGUGGGCCUAAUGAAAAAGAAGAUCUAUCUAUGCAACUCUCAAAUGGUUUUCCAGAAAAUGAAGGGCCAGAUUUACUAUCUGACACACCUCCAGUACCUCCAAGGAGGAGGGAGAAGAAACGUCACACACCGCCCAGGCCUGUCAGUAAUGGCUUACCUCCAACCCCAAAAGUUCUUAUGGGAGCUUGUUUUUCAAAGGUCUUUAAUGGUUGUCCCCUGAGAAUCCAUUGUACUGCUAGCUGGAUUCAUCCCGAUACUAGAGAUCAGCAUAUAUUGAUUGGAGCUGAAGAAGGCAUUUACGAUCUUAAUCUUAAUGAAUUGCACGAAACAGCCAUGGAUCAGCUAUAUCCUCGAAGGACUAUUUGGUUGUAUGUUAUAAAAGAUGUCCUUAUGUCUUUAUCAGGAAAAACUCCAAAUCUCUACAGGCAUGACUUACCAGCUCUACAUAGCAAACAAAGCCAUAGAUUUUCAAUGCAUAUGAAUAGAAUCCCCGAGAGGCUAGUGCCGAGAAAGUUUGCAUUGACGACAAGAGUGCCGGAUACGAAGGGUUGCACAAAAUGUUGCGUUGGAAGAAAUCCGUACAACGGUUACAAGUAUCUAUGCGGAGCGCUGCCCUCAGGAGUGUUCCUAAUGCAGUGGUAUGACCCACUCAACAAAUUCAUGCUUUUAAAGCACGUUGAGUGUACCCUUCCAAAUCCCCUCAAUGUUUUUGAAAUGGUGAUCACACCAGAACUCGAGUAUCCGGUUGUUUGCGUAAGCGUCAAGCAGGCGUACCAACAAGACACACUUAAACUCGAUUUGAUCAACAUGAACUACGGCGCUAGUUGGUUUCAUAGCGAUGAACUUGAAGAUUUAGAUGGCACAGCUACUGUAAUACCGAAAAGAGAAAAUUUGCAAAUAGUUAGUGUCUCACAAUUAGAAAAAGAUGCAAUUCUAGUCUGUUAUUCAAAUGUGGUGAAAAUUGUUACAAUGCAAGGCAAAAUGCGAUCAAACAGGAAACAAAUUUCAGAACUACAAUUUGAUUUUCAAAUACAGUCAAUUUUAUGUCUAACUGAUAGCAUCUUGGCCUUUCAUAAGCACGGAGUCCAAGGUAGAAGUCUUAAGAACGGUGAAAUAACUCAAGAGAUCGUCGACAAAAGUAGAGUUUAUAAACUUUUAGGGUCUGAUAAGGUUGUUAUGUUAGAAUCACAUAGUCCAAAAUCGUCAGCAGAAGAAGUAGCAGAUCUCCAUAUUCUUGCUGGCCAUGAAGAAAGCUAUUGAAGUAUUGCUAAGGGAAUUAUUUAAAGUCAAAAGCUCAACAACAAAUAUAUAUAAACAUAUAUUUUAUCAUCACAUUUAAUGGUUGUUAUUUAUUGUAAAUAUUAUAAACAAAAAUAUACUAUUACCUGAAUGGAAACGAAGAUGAUAAAAAGAAGGAAAUAUUGAAUAUUUUAGACUAUAUAUAUUUAAUUAAAAAAUAGUUCAUACAACAAUCUAUUAUCUUCAUAAUAAUAAUAAUAAUAAUAAUUUCAUAAUAUUCGAGUGUCUACAAAUUGUAUUUAUUAUUGUGAUAUUAGAGGGGUAAAGAAGACUGUACAGUUGAAUUUGAAUGUGAAAAAUAUAUUUAA